AUGAGCGAGGCGACGUGGACAAGUUCAGAGUUGAAAGAUGGCGAAGGACGGAAGUUCAGAACUACUUUCGAAGUGCCAAGAAACCUUGAUUUGCGGAAGUGGUUCCCUAUGCACAUGGCUGUACAGUGGAAAAAAAUGGAAGGGAAACUUCGUAGCGUUGAUCUAAUUAUUGAGGUGCAUGACGCUCGCCUUCCCAUAACGGGUCGGAAUACCGAAACUUUUUCUUCUCUUUUUGCAGUUCGCCCUCAUGUUUUGGUGAUGAACAAGAUGGAUUUGAUUGAUCUCAAGAUUUAUAAAAAGCCUAUAGAAGCAUAUUAUGCGAAAAAUGGAGUGAAGGAUUUAGUCUGGACGAACUGUAAGCAACGGUUAAAAGGCCCAAUUCACGAAUUGCAAAGCAAAUUAGCGGAUCUUUUGACGAAUACUCCUCGGUUCAACAGAACUGUGAAGACAGAGUUUCAAGUUAUGGUGAUUGGCAUCCCAAAUGUCGGAAAAUCUUCACUUAUAAAUACGAUGAGAAAUGCGAAUUUGGGUAUGAAGGCAUCAGCAGUGGCUGAGGGAGCAAGGCCAGGGGUUACCGUUCGCGUUCAGAAUCGAGUUAAGAUAUUGAACAAGCCACCGAUUUACGUUUUAGAUACCCCUGGUCUGUUGUCGCCAAGACUCAAUGAUAUUGAAGAAACAAUGAAACUUGCUCUCUGCAACCUUAUCAAGGAAGGAGCAGCACCAACUCAUUAUAUUGCAGAUUACUUGCUUUAUUGGUUGAAUAAGACGGGAGAUUUUUCAUAUGUCAAGAAUCUCGGUUUAGAGAAACCGUACGACAGCAUAAAAGACCUUGUUGUUGCUGCUUGUCAGGCGCAGAACUGGAAGCGAACAGUUGUUUUUCCAGGGAAGGGUGUAUUGGAAAGAUGGGAUUUCGACAGAGCAGAAGAGUCAUUUGUUGAAAUGUUUCGUAAAGGAAGGGUCAGCGACCAGUGUCUUGACAAAGAUUUGCUUUUGUAA